UGCUGGGGAGUAAUUAAUUAAUAUCGUUGAUGGAAAAUUACGUUUGAUUUCCUUUGUCGUUUGGUCAUUGGUCUGUAAUUUUUACAAUAUCUUGGUCGACGGGGUGGGAGUUAAGAUUAUUAAAAUAGAGUAGUGGACUUCAUAAGUCCAUUCAUUUGAACUUGAAACUUCGAGGUUUAUAAUUCAUCAUCGUGCCUUGUUAAGAACUAAAAGUCAACUAUGAACUACUGUGUUAAAUGGUAGUGAAAAACUAUAUCGGUUUUAUCUGUAAAAGAAUAAUUCUAAAACGACGCAAUUUAUUAUCAAAUCAAAGGAUUCAAACUCGUUUAGUAAGAAAGUUUAUUGUUGGAAAAAAUUUUUAAAUCAUAAUCGAAAAUUAUUUUAAUUAAAAUUUAAACAUGAAUAUCAUUAUGAACGAUUUUCAAGUAAAAAAAAAUGAAAAUGGCGAAUAUUGUUUAAAAAGUGUUUGUGACUACACUAAUCUAUCGUACAAGUUUUUCCACCGGAAAUUUAACAAAGAAUAUAUUACGAGGGAUGAAUUAGAUUCUUUUCUUCAAAAAAAUAAAAAAUAUCCUGAAGUAGACGAUUUUAACAAUAAAUUAUAUUUAUUUGAAGAACAUAAAUGGAUUGAAAAAGUUGCUUCUAUAAUAAAAAAUAAUAAUUUUAAUUUAGCAAUUGAUGCAUUAUUCAUAUUUCUAUGGACUGCUUUGGAAAAUCCAAUCGGUGUAUGCAUUAUUCCUUUCGUACUGAGGUUCAUGGGAUUUGGUGGUAUAAAUUCUCAAUUCAAUUAUGACAAGCAAUUAGCAGAGUUUGUUACAUUUUUAAAAAUUAAUGAAAUAAACUAUAAACUGAAAAAAGUGCCACUAAAUAAGUUUGGAAUAAACGUAUCAUCUCUAAUUUUUUUAACCAUUGAUAAUUUUAAAAAUUGUAUUAUGUUGUUAAACAAUUGCAAGGCAAAAGAAGUCAAAAAGUAUUACAUUGAAUUUGAAAGAACAUUCAAUUGCUAUAAAAAUUAUACUGCUAAGUUAGAAAAACAAGAGCUACUAAAUAAAAAUGAACAAUUGUUAAAACAAAAUCAGGAAUCGAUAAAAAAAUUAAAUGAAAAAGAAACUAAAGUGAAUGAUCUUAUUCGUAUGACUAGUGGUAUUGACAACGUUAUAAACAAUAUUAAAAUGAGAAAUAAAGAUGGCUAUAUUUAUAUUGCGACAACGAAACGAUACGCUGAAGAGAAUCUAUUUAAAAUUGGAUUUUCCGAUAACUUAAAAGCGCGUUUAACAGCACUGAAUACUGGAAAAAUUUCUGCAGAGCGUUUUUAUUAUUCUUAUUAUAAAAAAGCUUUUAAUGUUAGAAAAGUUGAAAAAAUGAUUCAUGACGUCCUAGAGGACUUUAGGGAUUCUUCUAAAAAUGAAUUUUUCAAAUUACAUUAUACUUUUUUAUCCGAAAUAGUUAACCUUGUUAUUAAGAAUAUAAAUGAACCAUAUGAAUAUGUCAAUGACAUUAUUAAACAUAGAUUGAAAGAAGUAUAUGAACUACGUGUUAUUGUACCACCAGAAAUGCCAGUAGUAGAAAAUAAUGGAUUAUCAGAAUUAAAUUUUGUAAAUGCUUUUAUUAAACUAAUUGGUCUUUAUGGAGCCAACCAAGUUUCCAAAAUAAAGAGGACGGAAUUAUUAUCAGCUUUACAGAAAGAAUUGCAAUCUGAAUUUAAGAAAAUGGAAGUUUGGAAAAUAUUUAAAACUCAAUUUAAAUGGAAGUCAAGUGAUAUACCAAUCUGUUAUGGGGAUUACCAAAUAACAGUUGUUUAUUAAUUACUUAUAAAAAAAAAAAAUUAUUUACUUAUCAAAUUAUUGAGAUUAAUAAACCGUUGAUUUUUAUGUUUCACA